AUGCCAUCUCGGCCCACCAGCACCAGUACCGGCACCCCAGAACAGCAUACCACAGCAACGGAAUCUGAUCGUGGAGACAAGUCCGGCCAUGUUGAGGCACAGCAAUUUUCUACUGAUAAUGCAGUCGAUGGGAAGAACAAACUGCAAGAUCAGACCAAUUUAUUACCCAUUAAACAACUGUUAAUUGUUUUUGUGGGCCUGAGUUGUGCUCUGUUCUCUUUGCUUAUUUAUAACAGUGUCUCUACCGCUCUUCCAACCCUCGGACGGGUUUUUCACGAUGCAUCGGUUGAGUCCUGGGUUGGAACUUCAUAUCUUCUCACAUCGACCGCAUGCCAGCCACUAUAUGGGCGUCUUUCCGAUAUCUUUGGCCGAAAGAUCGUUCUUCUCACCAGUAUGGGCUUUUUCCUCUUUGGGUCUAUCCUGUCCGCGGUAUCCCAGAGUAUGAUCAUGCUCAUUGUGUUCCGUGCAAUCUCCGGAAUUGGCGGUGGUGGCAUUCUCACUUCAGUCAUGAUUGCAGUGUCUGAUGUUGUUUCCUUGGAGAAACGAGGGACAUAUCAGGGUAUCAUUGGGGUGGUAGUUGCUCUCUCCAACUCAAUUGGUCCUCUCAUCGGCGGCCUUUUCACAGAGAAGGUUUCGUGGCGAUGGUGCUUUUACAUCAACAUCCCCUUGACUGGCAUUUCUAUUCUUGUUGUUCUGUUAGUCCUUCCUCUGAAAAGGGUCAAGGGCGAUAUGAAAGCUAGAUUCAAACAAAUUGAUUACCUAGGAUGCAUUACUAUGCUCAUCGCGGCGGUUUUGAUCUUGCUACCGAUUUCCUGUUCGCAGAGCUUCCACUCAUCCCAAGUGCGUGAUUUGGCUGCCAUUCUCUAUGCCAAACUAACCACUAUAACAGUGCAUAUUUUCAAGAACUCCACGGUCGCAGGUGCAUCAGUAGGCGCAUUUUUCACUGGGUUCAUGUUUUACGCCAAUCUAUACUACCUCCCCCAAUUCUUCCAAGUUGUCUACUCAGCCUCCCCAAUCAAGUCUGGCGUGCUCCUCCUACCUCUCGUUGUGAUUCAAUGCGUCGUGUCUUUUACCUCUGGUUACCUUGUCUCCAAAACUGGGAACUACACUAUCAAUAUGUGGGCAGGCUUUGCCAUUUGGGCCAUUGCAUGUGGUCUCCUGUCCACCAUCUCCUCAACAACUUCUAUUGGACGACUCGUAGGGUACCAGAUCCUUAGUGGUAUCGGAUCUGGACAGACGCUUCAGACAAAUUUGGUUGCUAUCCAGGCCAACGUUGAACGGAAGGAGAUGGCUGUCGCUACUGCUACUCGAAACUUUCUGCGAUUAUUGGGUGGAACUGUGGCUUUAGCUGCUUGUGGUGCGAUUCUGAAUAACACCGUUCGAUCACUUCGGGAUCAUUGGGGCUCACUGCAGCACAGAAGUCUGCGGCUAUUCAUGCCUAUAAUACUGACGGUGUCAGCUCAUGGAAUUCGCAACAUCUAUUAUUUCAUGGUUGCAUGCUGCUGCGUCUCAUUCUUCAUCACAGUCUCUUUCGUUCGCAGCACCAGUCUCAAACGCGAUGAUGACGCGAGGCUUCAAGAGGAAGGCAAGAAGUGGGCAGCGAAGCAUCGUGGUCUUCAUGCGCUUGGUAAGAAGAAUGUAAAUGGUGUGGCCACUGAGAAGCUGCCCACUCAAACGGUUGCAGUGCCGGAGUCUCAGCUCAAGGGCUCGCAGUAA